GGGCUUCCUUCUUAUUAUUCGUCUCCCUUCGUUCCUGCGUUUAUUGGCCGGGCGCCAAUAGCAGACCACGGGAUGUUUUGGAACACCAGUAUUCCCAGUAAUACUGUCUGGGAAGAGGUAACAUGACAUUGUAGCACUUGCUGCCUCGUAUUAAAUAAUCAUUAGCAAACUUAUUUAUUUAUUUAUUAUUAUUAUCAUUAUUAUUAUUAUUAUUAUUAUUAUUAUUAUUAUUAUUAUUAUCACUUCUCCAUUUAUAUAUAUCUUUUCAUCUGUGUUUCAGGGGGUAGGUCUGUGUCAGUCCCUACCAUAUGAGCGCUCUUAUGUGGAGUUAGUGCACUUUCCUUCAGGCUGGAUCAGCAGACUCUUCAUACUGAAGUAGUCCAGUUGAUAUUAAAGACCCCCCUCAUAUUCAAUAAAGUUAAAACAAUAAAAAAAAUACUUCGCAACAGGAAUAUAUCUUUGUUUUGGGGUCAAAUAACUGCACAAGACUAAAGGAAGUAAACUACUGUAUCCCUGGUUUGUGUUGAGGGCUUUAGGGCGGGGACUGGGGUUGAGCCAUGCAUUGACUGAACUGUACGUAAGUUACGUAACAAGUGGCGCGUUACGUACAGCCCCGACCAAGGAAGUGCAGACCGGUGCUCUCUCACCACCAGUGUUACCGAACACUGUUGAGUGUGUGAAAGUCCACAAACAUUGAGCUCGUUUUCUAUCUGGUCCAUGCUGAGGUUAGUGUAAAAAUUAAAUGGUUCUACUUUGAUAGUUUAGUGCGCAAACUGUAAGUAUGUAGUAACUAUUUGCUGUAUUUGCACGUAUGUGACCGGGUAAAUUUGAACCAAGCCUUCUGCAUCAGUCCUUACAGAUAUAAGUGUGGUAGUUUGUGUGAAAUCUUAAAAAGAAGAAACAUAUUUUGCAGGUUACAGACAGUUUGGUCAUGUAAUUUCCUAUCUAAUGAAUAUUUUUACCUUUACUUACUUUUCUGAAACCCACAGAUACGCCCUGCUGCAAUGAAAACUGCGGGUCAACAAACAUUUUGUAUAACUGGGGGAUGUGGCUAUGUUGGUUAUCGGUAAGUAUACAACUUUGGCUGAAUUCACCACAUAUUCUGUACCAUCUGUAAAGUCGGAGAAAUCAUAGAGUUGCUUUCUGCUGUCACACUUCUUUUCUACAACAAGAUGGCGCUAUUGCAUAAGUUAUAUUUGGCUACUUCAGUGUUUUGCCAGAAUUGAACCCAGGAAGAUACACAAUACAUGAAAGACGUGUUUCUGCAAAGUUUUUUUGCUUCGAAUGACCAUUUACUUCCUCUGAUAGAAUAAAGAACAUGUAUUUUUUUUAUUGCACACAAAAUCUAAUAUUCACUCAUUUGUUUCCUCCUGCAGCCUUGCAUGUUCCCUGCAUAAAAAAGGAGCCAAAAUCAUACUUUUUGACACAAUCCCUCCAAAUCAAGAACUGCCAGAGGACAUUGUGUUCAUUCAGGGAGACAUACGUGAUUAUGCACACGUUGAGAAGGCCAUCACUGGUGCGGACUGUGUGCUCCACCUUGCCUCCUAUGGCAUGUCUGGCAGGGAGCAGCUGAACCCGCCUCUGAUCGAGGCGGUGAAUGUACAGGGCACACAGAACGUCCUGAAGGCUUGCAUUGAGCUUGGAGUGUCCAGGCUGGUUUACACAAGCACCUUCAACGUGGUGUUUGGAGGCCAAGUGAUAGAGAACGGGGAUGAAAGCCUUCCUUAUCUACCUCUCCAUCUACACCCUGACCAUUACUCCAGAACAAAGUCCCUGGCUGAGAUGGCGGUGCUAAAUGCUAAUGGCACAGCUCUGAAGGACGGCUCUGACGUGCUGAGAACUUGUGCGCUGCGCCCAGCAGGGAUCUAUGGGCCUGGUGAGCAGAGACACCUGCCCAGAAUAGUGAGCUACAUAGAGAAAGGGAUCUUCAGGUUUGUUUACGGUGACCCCUGCAGUCUGGUGGAGUUUGUCCAUGUGGACAACCUGGUGUCGGCACACGAGCUUGCUGCAGAGGCUCUGACAUCAGAGAAGGAGCACCGCUCUGCUGGUCAGGCAUACUUCAUCUCAGAUGGUCGUCCUGUAAACAACUUUGAAUUCUUUCGACCCCUGGUGGAGGGCUUGGGUUAUCCUUUUCCAAAGCUGCGUCUUCCCAUUUCUCUCAUCUACUUUUUUGCCUUCCUCACAGAAAUGGUUCACCACCUCAUUGGCCCCCUCUACAACUUCCAACCUCUGCUCACACGCACAGAGGUGUACAAAACUGGUGUGACGCAUUACUUCAGCAUGACAAAAGCUAAGGUAGAGCUGGGUUAUGAGCCCCAGGAGUACAACCUGGAUGAGGUGGUUCAAUGGUUCAGAAGCAGAGGGCAUGGGAAAAAAUCUCACGGCUCCUCUCUCAGCCGAUUGCUGCGAGAUGUCCUGUUUGUUUCUGCUCUUGUUGCUGUGGCGUUUUCUUUUCUUCCACUGGUUGGCAGUUGAUGCACCGCUACAGGAAACUAGAAUUCCAACAUUUUCUCAAGACAGCUAUAUGACAACUGGUUCAUAAAUACACUGUUUACAUGUCCGAAUUUGUAAACGUGCACAUUUGUUUUCAAAAUGGUUAGUACAUAUAGGUGCUUUAACCAUAAAGGCAGCUCUAGGUACAGACCAACUCAAAGCAAAAAUGAACGUGUUGACCUUUUUCUUUUUGUACUGUAACUUCAAACUCUAUCAAUCAAGUGCAAUCUCGGUACCUUUAAUGUAUCAUUUUACCUCCUUCUUCAGAGACGUUACCUGGAAAACAUGCAAGAAAGAAAAUCACUGACAGUAGAUAGAUAGAUAGAUAGAUAGAUAGAUAGAUAGAUAGAUAGACUUUAUUGAUUCCAAACUGGUAAAUUCUCAAAAGUAGUCUUGGAAGAUAUGUUUUAAUGCCUUUUUAACUUCAUAUGAAAAUAACUCGCAAUGUUGGGAAAGAAUAAAACUUUUCAAGUAAAAUGCA